AUGAAAUAUGUUGUUAGUAACGAGUGCUUGGAGGUGGAAGUGGGUGAAAAACAGAAGCCGACGAAGAGGAAGGCGUCCGAGCCGACAGUGGAUUGCAAGAAGACGAAAAUCCGUGGAGAAGCAAAUACAUUUUUGAAACGGGUUUACGUGAUGGGGGACGGAACUUCCGGUCAGUUGGGUUUGGGUAGUGACGUCAUUUUCUCACGAGAACUGAAAAAUGUGGAAGACUUGAAUGACUUUAACGUGUUGGAGGCGGUUGGAGGGGGCAUGCAUACCGUUGUCAGAACCAGUUGUGGGAAGAUACUCACGUUUGGGUGCAACGACCAAGGGGUUCUUGGACGCGAAACAACAGACGAACUCGAUUGGUUCAUCCCUCAGCCAGUAACAUCAAUCCAACAACAUCACGUGACCUUAGUUACUUCCGGUGACAGUCAUGUGGCUGUGGCAACCAGUGAUGGUUUACUAUUUGUUUGGGGCAAUUUCAGGUUGGAAAACGGAAACUGUCACCUAUUUUUUGAUAACCCGGGCUCUACCUCGCCCAUCCCUUGUCACGUGCCUGAUGCCGUGACGUCAAUAAGCAGUGGGUGCAACCAUUUGCUGGGGCCGGUGAGCGUGGGCAGCUCGGGAGGAUUCAAGAAUGCUGCAUGGCUCUCAGUUAAUUUCUCACAAUAUUUUCAUUUUUUAAGAUCUUCAUUAGGAUAA